AUUUUUUCUGAAAAAUGUUAUUUCUCACUUUAUCCUUUUUUAAUAACAUAGCACAUUUCAUCUAUUCAUUACUGAUUGAUAGACUUUUCCCUGAGAGUUUACUAUUUUGUCUUUCCAACUUUGCUGAUAGAGCCCAGAAUAUUCCUGAAUUAUCAUUUUUAUGCGUGUGAAUACUCAGCUUCUUCUCCAUGGCUUUUCUUAUGAGCACUGUCAGGGCACUUGAUACCAUCCUUCUGUAGAAGAAGGGAGGCUAGAUAAUGCUACUGGCCUUGUAGACCAUACGAAAGUUGGUGUUAGAAUUGAAAUGUAGGUUCUUAUUCACAUUACCCUGUACUAAUACUAGGCUAAAAUGAGUUUAAGCUUGAAUUAAUUGAAAACAGUAGAACAAAGAAAUAGAUACCAAAUCUGAGUAUCUGAAUUCUGUUUGGAAUUCAGAGUGACCCUUGCUAAGAGCAACCUGAGUUCAGCUAUCAGUCACUGGCAGUUAUUCAGUAAGGGGAAUGGUGUCUUUGCGAAAAGCUGCCAAGAGGCCUGAAAAUUACCAGUCUGAGACUUACUUUCUUAGAGUGGCUGAUCUCUUAUAGAUAAUUAAGCCCUUUCAGAAAAGCUGCUUAGUGAUAUAAACUGAUUCUCUUUAGAAACUGUGAGGAAGGAAGACACAUUUGAAGAGUGUUAAGAAUUAAACAAAGAGCAAUUUAGGGAUUUAAGGACAUUUUCAGUAUCAGUUUUAUUUCCUGGCUACUGUCUUUUUAUGUUGCUGAAGGGAAGAACAUUAGGAGAACAGAGGAAAUUUUAACUGCAGAUAGUGUUUUGGGGGUUCUUAUUUUAUUUAUUGUUGUUUUAUAAAUAUAUAUACAUUCUUUUUAGCUGUUUGAUGCCAACCUUUUCAAAUGUAUUCUGCAGAAAAAUAGACAUUUUUAACCAAUUAUGAAGAGCUUGAAAGCCUUUUUCAGGGCUGCAAUGAAUAGUCAAGAGUGCUGGCCGUUUCUCUUUUGCAAUAGUUCUACAGUUCUGUGCUCUUUAGUGCCCGAUAUAACUAGCCAAGGAUUUACCAUAAGAGUACCCACUUGAAUAAUGAGAUAAGAGGCCUGAAUAUAGGAAGCGUUUGCGCAAAGGGCAAGUCUCAUGCAGCAGGAAAUCCCAGUUAUCCCUUCUAGUCUGUGCUCUCAGCGAGCCACAUCUCUGCCAAAGCAUACCAUAGGGAAAGGACGUUCCCUUACACAGUUACAAGUGCUUCAUGACUAGUGCGGGUCACAUCCAGUGCAACUGUCCUGCUUCCCCGCUGAUUAAUAGAUUUCUUAGACAAUUUUAGAAUUUUAUCUUUGCUGAUGGCCUUUCUGUGGGAUCCUUUUGGAGGCUAUAUCCCUCGUCCAUCUCUAAGAAAUAAGAUGAGAUUUCGCUUUUUGAAGUCCUACAGUUUCGAUGUGGACAAUGGUACAUCAUCGGGACGAAGUCCCUUGGAUCCCAUGACAAGCCCUGGAUCAGGGCUAAUUCUUCAGGCAAACUUUGUCCACAGUCAACGUAGGGAGUCUUUCCUUUACCGGUCAGACAGUGACUAUGAUCUUUCUCCAAAGUCCAUGUCGAGGAACUCCUCCAUUGCCAGUGAUAUACAUGGAGACGACUUGAUUGUGACACCAUUUGCUCAGGUGCUCGCCAGCCUGCGUACUGUACGGAAUAACUUUGCUGCAUUAACCAAUUUACAGGAUCGGGCACCCAGCAAACGGUCACCAAUGUGUAACCAACCAUCUAUUAACAAAGCAACUAUAACAGAGGAAGCCUACCAAAAGCUGGCCAGCGAGACCCUGGAGGAGCUGGACUGGUGCCUGGACCAGCUGGAGACCCUGCAGACCAGGCACUCCGUCAGCGAAAUGGCCUCCAACAAGUUUAAAAGAAUGCUCAACCGGGAGCUAACUCACCUGUCUGAAAUGAGCAGAUCAGGCAACCAGGUCUCAGAAUAUAUAUCAAACACAUUUUUAGAUAAACAACAUGAAGUUGAAAUCCCUUCUCCAACACAGAAAGAGAAAGAGAAAAAGAAGAGACCAAUGUCUCAGAUCAGCGGAGUCAAAAAACUGAUGCACAGCUCCAGUUUAACCAAUUCCAGUAUUCCCAGGUUUGGAGUUAAAACAGACCAAGAAGAUGUUCUUGCCAAGGAACUAGAAGAUGUGAACAAAUGGGGCCUUCAGGUUUUCAGAGUAGCAGAGCUCUCCGGAAACAGACCUUUGACAGUCAUCAUGCACACUGUUUUUCAGGAACGAGAUCUGUUAAAAACAUUUAAAAUUCCAGUGGAUACUUUAAUAACUUACUUGAUGACCUUAGAAGACCACUACCAUGCAGAUGUAGCAUAUCACAAUAACAUACAUGCUGCAGAUGUUGUUCAGUCAACCCAUGUUCUGCUGUCAACCCCAGCAUUAGAGGCAGUGUUCACUGAUUUGGAGAUUCUUGCAGCAAUUUUUGCCAGUGCAAUACAUGAUGUAGAUCAUCCUGGGGUUUCAAACCAAUUUCUUAUCAACACAAAUUCUGAACUUGCCUUGAUGUACAAUGACUCAUCAGUACUGGAGAAUCAUCACUUAGCUGUGGGCUUCAAGCUGCUACAGGAAGAAAAUUGUGACAUUUUCCAGAAUUUGACCAAAAAACAGAGGCAAUCAUUGAGGAAAAUGGUCAUUGACAUUGUCCUUGCUACAGACAUGUCUAAACAUAUGAAUCUUUUGGCUGAUUUAAAAACUAUGGUUGAAACCAAAAAAGUGACAAGUUCUGGAGUCCUACUUCUUGAUAACUAUUCAGAUAGGAUUCAGGUUCUUCAGAAUAUGGUGCACUGUGCAGAUCUCAGCAAUCCAACCAAGCCGCUCCAUCUCUACCGCCAAUGGACAGACAGGAUAAUGGAGGAAUUCUUCCGCCAAGGAGAUCGGGAAAGAGAGAGAGGAAUGGAGAUAAGUCCCAUGUGUGAUAAGCACAAUGCGUCUGUAGAAAAAUCACAGGUGGGCUUUAUUGACUAUAUUGUUCAUCCUCUGUGGGAGACAUGGGCAGAUCUCGUUCACCCGGAUGCCCAGGAUAUCUUGGAUACACUGGAGGACAAUCGAGAAUGGUACCAGAGCACAAUCCCUCAGAGUCCCUCUCCUGCACCUGAUGACCAGGAAGAGGGUAGACAGGGGCAGACUGAAAAAUUCCAGUUUGAACUAACACUGGAGGAAGAUGGUGAGUCAGACACUGAAAAGGACAGUGGAAGUCAAGUAGAAGAAGACACCAGCUGCAGUGACUCGAAGACACUUUGCACACAGGAUUCAGAAUCUACUGAAAUUCCUCUUGAUGAGCAAGUAGGGGAAGAAGUAGAGGAGGAGGAGAAUCAGACAGAACCUUGUGUAGUAGACCAUUCUCCUGACACGUAACAAUGAGGACAUAGCCAGUCUCUCUCAUGCCCUUUCCCUUUUUCUUCCUCUUUCUCUCUCUCCUUUUUUUCUUUUUUUUCUUUUUUUUCUUUUUUUUCUUUUUUUUCUUUUUUCUCUUUCUCUUUUUUCUUUUUAAUUAGGUAAUUGUUUCCAAAGUGUAUGUCAUAUGCUGUCACCAUGAUCACAACUCACUGUCAUCAGCCAGGAUGUUUGUUGAUCAAAACUGACCUUGGUGACUCAGUUUGGCACUCAGGAAUAUUGCAACCAGAAUCUUCACCUCCAUUGCAUCAGAAAUCAGGGGAGAGAACAUCGAUAAACUACGUCGUCAUAAGCUCUCCAUUUCACAGAUUUGAUUAAAUGAAGCAGAUGUUUUCACAGGAGUACCACCUGCCAACUGAAUGCUGGCAUGCUUUGGUAGUUUUUUUUAUUUUAUUUUACUUCAAAAGCUAAGCGUUGGAUAAUGUUCAUCAUCAGAGGAAACAGACAAAAUAAACAGGUUCCUGCUGGAAAACAAAUGCACAUAAAUGAUGGGACACAACAUGAAUCUCUAUAAGAAGAAUCUGUUACCAAUAGGAAGAUGAGCUGUGGAAAUUACAUAAUUUUCUAAUUUCAAGUCUUCCUGAUAAGUGACUGAAAAAAGUGUGACACGGUCAAAGUUUUCUCUACCUUUAGCCCUCACAGGGCUUUAGCACAGAUGAUGCUGAAGGAGGAAAGAGAAUGAAGAGAACUCAUGUUUUUUCAGGUUUUGACUUUUUUGUUCUUCAUCAUUUCUUCCUGAACCUGACCCACCUAAAAGUCCUGUCAAUCCCCAAGAGUGCCUGGAACUUUAACAAUGGAAAAGCAAUAUAAAUUCCAAAAUAACCAAUAGAAACCUGAAAAGGUUUUGAAUCUGCACAAAUUGAAAGUAAAUGAAGAGAACGACACCGUAUUGUGAGAUAUAAACCCAUACAUAUGGACAAUCACGUAACAGAAAAUAUCAUUUCUUAGAGAUGGGGAUAUUACGCACUGUACAAUUUUUAUUUUUAUUUUCUCUUUUGCCAAAGUGUGUUUUAGCAUUGCGCACUGCUUUAAAAGAAUACAAUUUACAAGUGGCUUUAUGUGUUCUAAAUAUUUUUGCCAUAAGAAAAUGCAAUGAGUUGGGUAUUGACUGUGGGGCUGGGGGGGAGGGAAAGAAAAUUCACUUUGCUUAUAACAGUACGCUUUAGCUUGCAAGUUACUGUACUCAAUAAUGCUGUGUUUGAAUUUAUAAUUGUUUUGUGUCAUUGUUAAAAAGUAUGAUGAAAGCAUAUAGAUAGAACAAACAGCAUUCAGAAGUUUGAAAAACUUGAAUGAAGCAGAUUUUACAGAAAGCUUUGACAGUUUUUAAAUGCAUUAUUUAUUUUUUUUUUGUGCCAUGCAUUUUUCUCACCAAAUGACCUUACCUGUAAUACAGUCUUGUUUGUCUCUGUUUACAACGUGUAUUUAUUGUAAUGUACAUACUGUAAUGUUAAUUGUAAAUUAUCAGUUCUUAUUAUAACAUCAUCCUUGUCUGGGUGGUGUUGCUAUAUUUGGAAACUCUUGGUGAGAGAAUGAUUAUUGUGUAUACAUAUUCCUUGUACAUUUUUUCUCCUGUAAUAUAUUCUGUGUCACCUUAGAGCUUGUUUAUGGAAGAUUCAAGAAAAGUAUAAAAUACAUAAAAGAUAUAUCAAUAAAAUUAAAAAGAAAAGAAAAAAAAAGAAGCUGCAGGUCUUUGGUCCCAGGGCUGUGCCUUAACUUCAAACAAUAUUUUCUUCUGUUUUGCUGCAUUUGAAAGUAAGGUAGCUUUGGGGAUAGGGCUGGGCAUAUAUACCAUAUUUUUAGUUGCUAGCUGAUGUGGCUACUUGUGCAAGCUAUUUUGCAUGAUACUACAGAGAGCUUUCAUUCAUGAACGUGCUGGAAGUUGAAGCUUUUCCAGACUUCUGGCAAUAUAAUUGUAUUGCCUCUCUGAUUAUCUUUUUACAGGCUAUCAUCAGGGAUUAUUGCAGCCAUUACUUGCUACUAAAAAAACAUUGAUGCUGUAUUUCAGUACUGAAUUGUGCUGAACGAGCUUUGGAAAGCAUCUCUAAUAAGCAUUUGAUUCUAAUGCAUAUUUGCAAGUGAAACAAAUGGAACUAAAUGGGGAUAGCUCAUACACUUUUUUUUUUUUUUUUUUUUUUUAAUCAGUCAUCUAAUACUCUUUAUUUAGUAGCACAAAUUACCACUAUAUAAGCAGAAUCAAUAAAGUAGGACAAAAGACAACUUCAGUCUUGGAAAUGCUUUCCAACACUAAUAUUAGUGUUAUAAGCAGCCAAAGCUUUUAUUUUGUAUAGAUGUAUGUAAGGCUCUGUACAGGUGUGUAUAGCAUAAUGCACUAGAUCUAUAGGAGAAUGGUAGACCUCUAGAUCUUUUAAUAACACUAGUAUUAGGUUUGCAGGUUGGACUCUGAGCAUCUUUUGCUGUUUGAGUAUCACGUUGCUCCAAACUUCGUAGGACUGAUAGCAGUGAAUUUGCCAGAGCAAGGUAAAUACCUCUCCUCAUUCCAGUGAUGCCCAGCCCCUGUAGCAUGCGACCUUUCGUUAAAAGGAGAGAUUCUUUUUCAAGGGAAAACAGAGCCUCCUUUUCGACACAAACUGUAGAUUUUAGCAGCCCUGGCCCAAAGGAAAUGGAUUGGUUUUGUUUUAAACAAUAUAAAAGGGACACUAUAACAACAAAAAUCCUGAACAACUUUUUGUUAUUAAUUUGGGGAUGUCUUGAGAGUGGCAACUCGUGUGAACAUUGCACAUGACAAUUCUUUCACUGGUUUCUUAGCCUCUCUUACAGCCUAUGGGAUAGUACUGUACAUCAAUACCUUCAUAUGAAAUUUUUAUAUGCAAUGGAAAUAAAGCAUGUGUUGAUUCUGCCUAGUUACCGUAUUUGAUUUCCUUUUGCAAGUUUUUUUGUUGUUUUUUUUUUUCCUCUCAUAUCAUAGCUGUGACAGCUAAAGAAAAAGCAUUUGCCAGAAUAAUUAUAUGACAGUAUUUUUUCCUGACUAUACUGUGUUACAGGUAGAUAAUAAAAAAUAAAUGUGGGGGUUUAUCAGA